AUGUCUGCCAGUGACCACAGUGCUAUCAAAUUCAACAUGGAUGCCUGCAGAAGAUUGGACUUCUCUUCUCAGAGAGUGAAGGAAGAGAUUCUGGGUGAGGACAGAACUGGCUUGGAAACAGGGCGCCAGCAUUUCAGGCAGUUCUGCUACAAGGAGGCCGAGGGGCCCCAACAUGCUUUCAGUCAUCUCCAGAAACUUUGCCAUCAGUGGCUGAAGCCAGAAAGGCACACCAAGGAGCAGAUCCUAGAGCUGCUGAUCUUGGAACAGUUUCUGACCAUCCUGCCACAGGAAAUGCAAACCUGGGUGAGGGAACGUGAUCCCAAGAGCUGCACUUGGGCAGUUCGACUGGCUGAAGAUUUCCUAAGGAGGACCCAAGAGAGUGAGAGGUGGCAGCAACCGGCACUGGUACCAUUUGAGGAGGACAAGCAGGAGGAAGCGGAGGAAAAUUCCUUCAAGACAGAACAGCCAACAUCAGAUACUAUGGAGGUGGAGCCCACAAUGGAGGUGAUGCAGGAGGGAGAUAGGGAAGCCGACUUGCUGGCAGAAUACAAGCAUAAAUUGCUUAAUGCAGGAAAGAAAGGAUAUAAAUGCUCUCACUGUGGGAAAGGCUUCCCAUGGAGAUCACACCUUAUUUGGCAUGAGAGAAUGCAUACAGGAGAGAAACUGUAUACCUGCUCAGUCUGUGAGAAAAGCUUUGGUCAAGCAUUGCACCUCACCAUCCACGAGAGAACCCACACAGGAGAGAAACCAUAUAUAUGCACGGUGUGUGGGAAAACUUUCAACAACAGUUCUGUCCUCCUUCGGCACACGAUGAAUCACACAGGCGAGAGAGGAUAUAAAUGCUUGCACUGUGGGAAGAGCUUCCGGUGGAGAUCGCACCUUAGUAGACACAUGCCAACUCACACAGGCGAGAAACUCUAUAAAUGUUCAUUGUGUGAGAAAACCUUCAAGCAAAUGUCUCAUCUCCCUAAGCAUGAGAGAAUCCACACAGGAGAGAAGCCAUAUUCAUGCUUGACUUGUGGGAAAAGGUUGAUUGCUAAGUCUGAUCUUGUUGUACAUGAGAGAAUCCAUACAGGAAAGAAACCAUAUUCAUGCUCUUACUGUGGGAGAAACUUCAGUGAUACAGCAGCCCUUUCCAAACAUAAGAGAACCCAUACAGGGGAGAAACCCUACAAAUGCUCUCACUGUGGCAAAUGCUUUGGUGAUGCAUCAACCCUUACUAAACAUAAAAGAACCCACACAGGACAGAAGCCAUACAAAUGCUCUGUGGGGAAAAGUUUCAGUGAUAAAAAGUUUCAGUCUGUGGGAAAAGUUUCAGUGAUAAUUCCAAGCUUACUAAACACAAGAGAAUCCACGCAGAGGAUAGGCCUUAUAAAUGCUCAGUCUGUGGGAAAGGUUUCCGCGAGAGCGAUCACUUUAUUAGACAUGAGCGAAACCACACAGGAUAUAAACCAUAUGCCUGCUCAGCCUGUGGGAAAAGCUUCAUUGACAAAUCAGACUGUAAUAAGCAUGAGAGAACCCACACAGGCGAGAAGCCACCUAAGUGUUCAAUCUGUGGCAGAAACUUCAUGCAAAGACAGAGUGAGUGAAGUUUUUCUUUUUCAGAUGCCACUGAAUUUCAAGGAGGUUACUCUGUAUUUCCCAGAUGGACAAGAGCGUCUACAGGAUUCAGAUGGAAGAACCCUGUACAAGGGCUUCAUGCAGGAAAAUGGUGAUGGGCAGGUAUAUGAAAAUGAAGAAGAACUUUGCAUACAAAGAUCUGAGCAAAAGAAGGAAAUCAGAACAUCACCAGGAUUAGUAAGGGAGACGAUUUCCCAGUGUCUUGAGAAAGAAGAAACUGCUUUGAGUCAUCACAGACUGGAGAGGCAGCUGGAAAACCAUGUAGCAAAGAAAACUGAUCAAGCCCUUCCUAGUGCAGAAGAUCCCUGGGAUCUUGGGAAAGGCCCAGUCCGAAAGCGGAUCCGCAAAUCUCAGAGUCCAAGGACAUGCAAUGAGUGUGGGAAAACUUUUGCUCAGGCCUCGAACCUCCUGGCGCACAAAAGAAUCCACACAGGCGAGAAGCCUUAUAAAUGCACCCACUGUGGGAAAAGCUUCACUGAAAUGUCAAACCGUAACAGGCAUCAGAGAACCCAUUCUGGAGAGAAACCGUAUAAAUGCAUUGAUUGUGGGAAAAGCUUCAGCUUUAGAUCAGACCUCAUUAGACAUGGGAUUACCCAUACAGGAGAAAGACCAUAUAAAUGCUCUGAUUGUGGGAAAAGCUUCAGCCAUGCCUCUACCCUGAUCAGACAUGAGAAUAUCCAUACAGGAGAGAAACCGUAUUCCUGUACAGACUGUGGGAAAAGCUUCACACAGAGCUCUUCCCUUCUAGCACAUAAAAGACUUCACACGGGAGAGACUCCAUUCAUAUGCACUGUUUGUGGGGAAAGCUUCAACUGGAAAUCUCACCUUGUUACCCACAAGAGAACUCACACAGGAGAGAGACCCUACAAAUGCUCCAAGUGUGGGAAAAGCUUCAUUGAGAAGUCGAAACUUAAUAGACACCAGAGAACCCACACGGAAAAGGAACUUUAUGAAUGCUCUGAGUGCGGGAGGAUCUUUAGUAUCCGAUCCAACCUCAUUAGACAUGAGAUAGCCCACCGAGGGGAGAAAUCAUACACAUGCUUCAGCUGCGGGAAAAGCUUCAACCAGUCCUCGAAGCUGAUGAGGCAUGAGAGAAUCCAUACAGGAGAGAAACCCUAUUCCUGCAUGGACUGUGGGAAAAGCUUCAGUCAGACAUCAGAACUCCUCAGGCACGAGAGAAUCCACACAGGUGAGAAACCAUAUAAAUGUUCUAUGUGUGGGAAGUGCUUCAAUCGGAGAUCGCACCUCAAUACGCAUGAGGCAACCCAUAUUGGAGUGCAGCCAUAUGAAUGGCCAGACAGCAGAGGAAGCUGCCAUAACCGCUCACUUCUUAUUGCUAGUGUGAACCCACCAGAGGAGAUCUAUACAGGUGGACAGUCCUAUAAAUGCUCAGAUGGUGAAAAAGGCUACAGCCAUAACUCCCUCCUUAUUGCAGGGGUAAAUUCACACGGGCGGACACACACAGGAGGCCAGCUAUGUGAAUGGCCCAACAGUGAAACAAGCUACAGUCAUUGUUCACUCCUGGUUGCGAGUGUGACUCCACAAGAGGGAAUCCACAUAGGAGAUCAGCCAUAUAAAUGUUUGGACAAUGAAGCCAGCUACAGUCAUAGCCCAUUCAUUAUAACUAGUGUGACUGCACCUGAGGAGAUCCUUGCAGUAAGCCAACCAUAUAAAUGCUUGGACACUGUGGAAAGCUACAGUGAUACCUCCCUCCUUAUAGCAGAUGUGAGCACCCAUCGAGAAGAGAAACUCUUUAAAUGUUCUGAGUGUGGAAAGCGCUUCAAUUGGAAAUCGAACUUCAUUCGACACCAGAGAAUCCACACGGGAGAAAAACCAUAUCACUGUAGGGACUGUGGGAAAAGUUUCAAUCGAAGAUCUCACCUUGUGAGGCACAGAAGAACCCAUGGGGCAUUGAGACCAUAUGCUGAGACUGAGGGUGAAGUUUCAGUUAAGGAACUGAUUGUCUUAGGGCCGAGUGAAUCUAUACAGGAGGGAAAUUAAAGACACAGGAUCUGUAGGAGGAGUUCCUGUUGUGACUCACACCAUUUUUCAAACUGGGGAAUCCACAGAGAAGGCAAACAUUAUGAAUGUUCAAUGACAUAGCGUAACAGGGAAGAACCUCAAGCUCAAAACAUCUCUGUGGGGAAAGAUUCAAUUGGGCAUCAAUUCUUGCUGGACACAGGAGAAAUUGAUGGACACACGAACCAGAGAAAAUGAUUGCCUAGUUCAUACAACCAGCUCAUGAGGUAGCAAAUAGUUCAUGGACUGUACCAUUUCAGCCUCCAAGAGUGGGAACUCAUAGUUGAAUGCUCUUCCAUUAAAAAAAAAAUCCCUGCACAUAGAAAAUUUCAGGGAGUAGUCAGUCAUAGUCAGUUAGAGAGGAGAUCUGAUCUUGUGGUAGCAAGCAUGACUUGUCCCCUUAUAUAAGCAGAGUCCACCCUGGUUGCAUAUGAAUGGGAGACUAGAAGUGUGAGCACUGUAUGAUAUUCCCCUCGGGGUGGAGCCACUCUGGUUCCAAGUUCCCUCUCUGGCACCUCCAAGAUAGGGCUGUGAGAGAUUCCUGCCUGCAACACUGGAGAAGCCGCUGCCAGUCUAUGAAGACAAUACUGAACUAGAUGGACCUAUGGUCUGACUCAGUAUAUGGCAACUUCCUAUGUUCCUAUAACUUUAUUGUAGUUAGCCAUAGCCCUUACAGUAUUCGAAUGUAUUAUAAGGAUGACCCUAUACAUGAGUCAAUUGGCAAUUGUCAUAAAAUCACAAUAAAACAAGCUGCCAAUGCAGAAUUUAGGUGUUGUUUAUUAUUAUUUUUAAACUGUUGAGAUUUUUUUUUUUUAAGGUUGAUUUUCACCCAACAGACCCACUACAAUGUCCGGUAAACUCUUAUUGGAAUAUUGUCGAAUAAACCAUAAAAAUUUCCUCCUUGCAUCACCAUAUAAGGCCUACUCACCUAUUAUAUUCAACACUCAUAUGAGUGUACAGUGUACACAGGUACAGUGAUUCACACGUAAUGUUGAACAUAGGUACAGCAGUGUAUUUCCUAUCUGUCCCAUGCAUUUGAAGAAUCUUGCCCAGGUUCAUUUUAAAAAUGAAUACAAGUAAAUUCAUUCACAUAAAAACAUGUACGUGUGUGUAGAACAGGGUAGGCAACUUUGGCUCUCCAGCUGUAAUUGAUGGGAGUUGUAGUUCAGCAGCACCUGGAAAGCCAGGUUUGCCCAUCUCUGGUAUAGACAUGUACGCUUGUACAACUUAAUGUCUGAAUAGGGCUAUAGAGGACAAACCAUCAAAUAGUGCACUAGAUCUUUUACCUAGUUACAAAAAAACCACAAAAAAACACAACCUCCAUCCCACCCAGGGAGUAGAGUUCUGGGCUAGCCUGGUGUGAUAGUUUAAUACGUGCAGGAAAUGUGUUUCAUGGAUAUGCAUUCCAACCCAGUGGUUUUCCACCUGGAGUCUGAAGAGGUAUAACUCAGGACUAGUUUUAACACCAUCUGUCAUUUGUAUAAAGAAGUCCACUACUAAUGUUUAAACUCUAGAAGGGAGUAAAAUUGUUAAACAAGUACUUUGAGUGUGUGUAUAGGGGCCAUUUGGAUAAACAGCACACCCAGCCACGAUAAAGGGGCACACUGAGCACACCCACGGGGACACCCUCCGUGGAUGUCCCAAUGGGUGUGCUCUUGGUGCAUCUCUUUCCUAGCCAUGUGUGGGUUCUAUCAUUGGAACCAGCCCUUUAUUUCUGAAACUGCCUCUGUGGGAUUAUCCUCCUCCAAAAUGAGAUAUUAUGGACUACAGUCAUCCCUCGCCAACCACGAGGGUUCCAUUCCGGCAAAACCUCACCACUGGCACAUUCGCAGUUGCCAAGCAAUUGAAAUCAAUGGGAAACAGGGGGUUAGGGGAACUGCGGUCAUGAAAAGACAA